AUCCACCGCCUGCCCAUGCCCAACCUCAAAGACGAGCUACAUUCCUCAGGGUGGAGCGCUGGCAGCGUCUGCUUUGACAAUAUCACAACGAAAAGGAACAAGCUGAUUCUUCCCUGUUUGAUUUCUUCCCGUAUUUACGUGGUGGAUGUGGGUUCACAGUGCCGGGCUCCCAAGCUGUGUAAGACGAUUGAGCCGGUGGAUGUCUUCUGGAAGUGCAACAAAGGAUACCUCAGUGUACCUCAUACCCUGCCUAAUGGUGAUAUACUGAUUGCCAACAUGGGAGAUCCAGCUGGCAAUGGAAAAGGAGGAUUUAUUGUGCUGGAUGGAGAGACAUUUGAGCUGAAGGGUAACUGGGAAAAUGAAUGCGAGGCCCCUCCAACUGGCUAUGACUUCUGGUACCAGCCCUGCCACAAUGUUCUCAUCAGCUCUGCCGGACUGGUUCCAAAACGUGCGGGGCGUGGAUUUAAUCCUGAUGAUUUGAAGAAAGGGGUCUUUGGGCGCCGCCUGAACGUGUGGAACUUGUCCUGCCGCACCCUGACCCAGUGCUUUGACCUGGGGGAGGACUCUUUGCCCUUGAGCGUUAAAUUCCUCCACAACCCCAAUGCUGCUGAGGGCUACGUCAGCUGUGCCCUGAGUGGCAUCAUCUACCGCUUCUACAAGGCUUGUUGCGAGGCAAACACCUGGUCAGUAGAGGAGGUGAUUCAGAUACCAGCCAAGGACGUGACGGGAUGGAUUCUCCCCAAGAUGCCAGCCUUCACAGCCGACAUGGUCAUCUCCUUGGAUGACAAAUACCUGUAUCUCAGCAACUGGCUGCAUGGAGACAUCCGCCAGUACGAGAUCUCCAAAACCUGCAAGCCCAGGCUGGUGGGACAGGUGUUUGUGGGAGGCAGCAUCCUCAGAGGCGGGCCCGUGACUGUGUGUAGAGAUGAAGAGCUGAAGUGCCAGCCGGAGCCCUUGGUGAUCAAGUGCAAGAGGGUGUACGGUGGCCCUUGUAAGAUGCAGCUCAGCGUGGAUGGCAAGAGGCUGUACGUCACCAACUCGUUCUACAGCACGUGGGACAAGCAGUUCUACCCGAACGUGGUCAAGGAAGGCUCUGUCAUGCUGCAGAUUGAUGUGGACACUGAGAAAGGAGGCCUGACCGUGAACAAGAACUUCCUGGUGGAUUUUGGAAAGGAACCCAAUGGGCCUUGCCUUGCCCAUGCUAUCCGCUUCCCUUGCGGAGAUUCCACCUCUGACAUCUUGGCCUAG